UUUAGCAACUAGCUAGCUAACGUGACGUUUCAGAACAACAAACCGCCACAGGUGAAGCAAACAACCAAGAGGUGUUCAAGAUGCUCCUCUCUGCAGCCCGCGGGUGGGCGGGGUUUGCUAUUCAUCCACGGCAGCCAGACUGUUACACUUUACCUUGAGUUAAGAAAUAACAAGAAAACACAGAAAGGUUGACAUUUGACUUAUGUGGCGACUCUGGAUAAUAAAGAGGGGGACUUCAGGGGAUAUGACAGGUGGACGUCACCGCUGCUUAGGAAGGGCUUCACAAAGAAGCUGGAGCUGACAGACGUGUAUAAGGCUCCUUCGUUUGAUCUGGCAGACAACCUCUCUGAGAGACUCGAAAAAGAAUGGGACAGCGAGGUGGCGUCGGCCAAGAACAAGCCCCGGCUGAUGAGAGCGCUGGCCCGAUGCUUCCUCGGCCCUUUCGCCUUCUUUGGUGUCCUCCUCUACCUCGGGGAGGCUUCCAAGACGGUGCAGCCUCAGCUUCUGGGUCGCAUCAUCGCCUCCUUCGACCCGUUCCACGCUCCGGAGCGGGAGCAGGGAUACUUCCUGGCCCUGGGUCUCUGCCUCCUCUUCACCGCUCGCUUCCUCCUGCUGCAACCUGCCAUCUUCGGCCUGCAUCACCUGGGCAUGCAGAUCCGCAUUGCCCUUUUCAGUCUUAUAUACAAGAAGACUCUGAAGCUGUCCAGCCGAGUCUUGGAUAAGAUCAGCACAGGUCAGCUGGUCAGUCUGAUGUCCGCUCACCUCAACAAGCUGGAUGAGAGCUUGGGUCUGGCCCACUUUGUGUGGAUCACCCCCCUGCAGUGUAUACUGUGUGUGGGUCUGCUCUGGGAGCUGAUCGAGGUGAAUGGCUUUUGCGCGCUGGCAGCUCUGACUCUGCUGGGCAUCAUCCAGGCCUGGCUCUCCCAGAAGAUGGGACCGCACCGGGCGGAGCGAGGAGGGAUGAUCAGCCGCCGCCUCGUCCUCACCUCAGAGAUUGUGGAGAACAUCCACUCUGUGAAGGCUUACGGUUGGGAGGACGUGAUGGAGACCAUCAUCAAGAACAUCAGGCAGGACGAGAUGACGCUGACGAGGAAGAUCGGUUCUCUGCGUUACUUCUACAGCGCCUCGUACUUCUUCUCCGCCAUCUUGGUCAUCGUGUCGGCCAUCGUGCCGCACGCGCUCAGUAAAGGCAUCAUCCUGCGGCGUAUCUUCACCACGGCCUCGUACUGCAUGGUGCUGAGGAUGACGCUGACCCGCCAGCUGCCGGGAUCCAUCCAGAUGUGGUACGACACGCUGGCACUGGUCAAGAAGAUCGAGGAUUUCUUGAUGAAGGAAGAAUACAAAGCGCUGGAGUACAACCUGACCACCACUGAACUGGAGCUGGUCAACGUGUCGGCCUCCUGGGACGAGGGCAUCGGUGAGCUGUUUGAAAAGAUCAAGCAGGAGAACAAAGCAAACGGACACCUGAACGGUGACGCCGGCGUCUUCUUCACCAACCUCUACAUCACACCUGUCCUCAAAAACAUCAGCCUGUACCUGGAGAAGGGCAAGAUGCUGGCGGUGGCUGGGUCCACUGGCUCCGGGAAGAGUUCCCUGCUCAUGAUGAUCCUGGGAGAGUUGGUGCCAUCUGAGGGUAAAAUCAGACACAGCGGCCGCGUCUCCUUCUCACCACAGACGUCCUGGAUCAUGCCGGGCACGAUUCGAGACAACAUCCUGUUUGGCCUGACGUACGACGAGUACCGCUACACCUCCGUCAUCAAGGCCUGCCAGCUGGAGGAGGACUUUGCGUUGCUGCCUGAGAAAGACAAGACGCUCCUCCUCGAGGGAGGGGUGACCCUCAGCGGAGGUCAACGGGCUCGACUCGGCCUGGCCAGGGCUGUGUAUAAGGAUGCAGACCUCUACCUGCUGGAUGCACCCUUCACCCACCUGGACAUCGUGACAGAGAAAGAGAUCUUUGAGAAGUGCGUCUGUAAAGGUAUGGCCUCCAAGACGCGCAUUGUGGUCACCAGCAAGCUGGAGCAUCUCAAACGAGCGGACAGAAUCCUUCUGCUGCACAACGGCGACUGCUUCUUCUACGGCACCUUCUCCGAGCUGCAGGCCAAGCGCCCCGACUUCAGCUCCCUCCUUCUCGGCAUGGAAGCUUACGACAACAUUAACGCGGAGCGACGUAGCUCCAUCCUCACCGAAACUCUCCGCAGGGUCUCCAUCGAUGAGACCGCGGGCUUCCGAGGCCCGGAGACGAUGCGCCAGUCCUUCCGGCAGCAGCCUACGCCCAUAACUGUGUCUGGAUCCCCGGGCCAUCCUGGAGGUGACGGCUACCCAGAGAAACGCAAACAGUCCCUCAUCCUGAACCCUCUGGCAGCCGCUCGCAAGUUCUCCUUCAUCGGGAACUCCCAGCAGACUGCGAACACUCCCCAGUCCACGACCAUAGAGGACGGGGUUCGUGAACUUUCAGAGAGGAAGUUCUCCGUCGUACCCGAGGACGAUCAGGUGGAGGAGGUGCUCCCCCGGGGGAACUUGUACCAUCAUGGGUUACAGCACCUCAGCGGGCAGCGGCGCCAGUCGGUCCUGGCGUUCAUCACCAACUCUCAGGGCCAUGAGCGCAGAGAGCAGAUGCAGUCCUCCUUCAGAAAGAAGCUGUCCAUCACGCCGCAGUGCGACCUGGCGUCUGAGCUGGACAUGUACGCCCGCCGCCUGUCCAAGGACAGCGUGUACGACAUUAGUGACGACGUGGAUGAAGAAGACAUGGAGCAAUGCUUCGCAGAUGAGCGCGACAACAUCUUUGAAACUACCUCAUGGAGCACUUACCUACGCUACAUCACCACCAACAAAAGCUUAGUCUACGUCCUCAUUUUCAUCGUCAUUGUCUUCAUCAUUGAGGUCGCUGGUUCAGUCGCUGGCAUUUAUCUCAUCACUGACGAGAUCUCCAGGGACAGCGCCAACCCUUCAUCCCCGAACUACAUCGACGAGCAGCCGCAGAACGCGUCGUCGCCGCCGACCCACCUGGCGGUCAUCGUCACACCGACCAGCGCUUACUACAUCAUCUACAUCUACGUGGCCACGUCGGAGAGCGUGCUGGCUUUAGGGUUCUUCAGGGGUCUCCCGUUGGUGCACACGUUACUCACCGUGUCCAAGAGACUGCACGAGCAGAUGCUCAGCGCUGUGAUACGCGCCCCCAUGAGUGUGCUCAACACCAUGAAGACAGGUCGGAUCAUGAACAGAUUCACCAAGGACAUGGCCACCAUAGACGACAUGCUGCCUCUGGUGCUGUUUGACCUCAUACAGCUCACAUUGAUUGUCACCGGGGCCAUCUUCACCGUGUCCAUCAGACGGCCGUACAUCUUCAUCGCUGCCAUCCCAUUGGCUGUCAUCUUCGUCAUCCUCAGAAAGUACUUCUUACGAACUGGACAGCAACUCAAGCUGCUGGAGGCUGAAGCUCGCAGCCCCAUCUUCUCCCACCUCAUCAUCUCGCUGAAGGGUCUCUGGACGAUUCGGGCGUUCGGGCGUCAGACGUACUUCGAGACGCUCUUCCACAAGGCGCUGAACACUCACACGGCCACCUGGUUCCACUACCUGUCCACACUGCGAUGGUUCCUCUUCCGCUGCGACAUGAUCUUCGUCCUAUUCUUCUCCGCCGCUGCUUUCAUCGCCGUGGGAACCAACCAAGACAAACCAGGCGAGGUUGGCAUCAUCGUGGCCCUGGCCAUGCUCAUCCUCGGGACGUUCCAAUGGGCUGUCAUCACCAGCAUCACUGUAGACGGACUGAUGCGUUCGGUGGAUCGGGUGUUCAAGUUCAUCGACCUGCCAUCAGAGGAGCCGCUGCCGGCGAAACCUGCCGGCAAAGGAGGCGCCGACCUCAUCAUCGACAACCCGCACGCCCAGGACUGCUGGCCCAACCACGGCCAGAUGGACGUCCAGGGCCUCACUGUUAAGUACACGGAGGCUGGACGCUCCGUGCUCAGCGACAUCUCCUUCUCUGUGGAGGGAGGGCAGAGCAUUGGUCUGCUGGGUCGAACCGGUUCAGGGAAGAGCACGCUGCUCUCCGCUCUGCUGCGUCUCGCCUCCACUGACGGAGAAAUCUGCAUCGACGGCGUCUCCUGGAGCUCCGUCUCCCUGCACACGUGGAGGAAGGCCUUCGGGGUGGUGCCGCAGAGAGUCUUUAUUCUGACCGGCACUUUCCGGAUGAACCUCGACCCGCACGGACGUCACAGCGACGAGGAGCUUUGGAGGGUCGCAGAGGAGGUGGGUUUAAAGUCUGUGGUCGAGCAGUUUCCAGACAAGCUGGACUUUCAGCUGGAGGACGGAGGCAACGUGUUGAGUAACGGACACAAACAGCUGCUGUGUCUCGCCCGCUCCAUCCUCAGCAAGGCCCGCAUCCUGCUGCUGGACGAGCCCUCCGCCUACCUCGACCCCAUAACGUUGCAGGUCCUGAGGAAGACGCUGAAGCAUGCGUUCUCCGGCUGCACCGUCAUCCUAUCAGAACACAGAGUGGAGCCGCUGCUGGAGUGUCAAUCCUUCCUGAUGAUCGAGGGCAGCUCCAUGAAGAGCUACGACACCAUCCAGAAGCUGCUGAAUGAGACGAGUCACCUGAAGCAGGCCAUGAGCCCCGCCGACCGCCUCCGCCUCUUCCCGACGCUUCACCGCCUCAACUCCAGCAAGAGGGCGGCGCCGCAGACCGCCAAGAUCUCGUCACUACCGGAGGAAGCAGAGGACGAAGUCCAGGACACUCGCCUCUAACAGGCCAAACACACACACACAGCUCCACCUGAAACGGGUUUGAUACUGAUGGUCGUGAAUGAAGACAAAGAAAUCUGCCAACGUCCCCGAAUUACCAGUAGACAUGCAUCUCAAUCACUAAAACUAAGACCAAUAACUGUGUUUAAUAUAAAAACUAUAUUUACACUCAAUCAUAAUUAAAUAAAAUCUUUUUUUGACCAAUAUAUUGAUGUAACCCUCGUACACACACACACACACACAGCUGUCACAUGAGGAAGCUGAUGGACAGAGAGGAUGUUUUGCACACACACGUAAUUAAAUGUCAGUAAUUGUGUGUGUGUGUGUGUGUGUGUGUGUGUGUGUGUGUGUGUGUGUGUGUGUGUGUGUGUGUGUGUGUGUGUGUGUGUGUGUGUGUGUGUGUGUGUUUUGUUCUGAACACGCUGAUACUUCUUCCCUGGAGGCUUCAGAUUGGACUGAACGUAAACGACACACACUCGUGUGUCUCUGCUCGGUCUGCCGCCGCACCAGGAGUGUGUUGAAGACUUCAUGUGCGUUUAAGUAUCUUCCACACAAACAUGAACAGUGGUCCAGAGACCCUUCCUCUUCUAUGUGCACUUUAAACUCCUGCCUGAGGUACUCGUCAGCUUCCACAGCUCGUGAUUAAAUGCUGCGCAACACGUUAAAUAAAGUGUAGAUGUAGAGUUGUGACCUUAUUGUGAACACUUGAUGGAAUCUGCAGAGAAGACAAUAAUUCAUAAAACUAAAUACAUUUUCUAUUUGAAAGUAUAUUUUUUCAGAGCUGUACAAACGCAAAGAAAACAUUUAGCAUUUCUUUUUUUGUAUCAUUUUUCCAAGUGCUUCCUCUGGACUCGACUAACGCCACUCGUGUGCCGCUCCUUCCUCGCUGUACGAUAGUUUUGUAAAAGGCACCACGGAGAAAAGCCUUCGUGUGAACUGUGACGAGAGUUUUUUACAGAGUAACUUAAGAACAAAGAUGUUUCUUACUCAUAGGAACGGGACACAACGUCCACAAACAUGUAUAAAUGUAUUUGUUCAAUCGACUAUAUUUCCAGUAAAACUAAAGAUUUUGAG